AUGGUCGGGGGGUCCGGCCAUCCGACGAUUUUGUUGGAUACGCAGCCUCUACUGAGUAGCUCAAUGCUUGUCGACUUGCUCGAGAGCAAGGAGUCACAUCGAGUUGGCGCGAUGACGCCGGAACAACAAGUAGAAGCUGCAUCGUACCAGAUUGCUGUGUUUCUCUGUGCAAUCUGCCACUACGUGCUGGUUGUUCAUGACGGAUUGGCUUUCCAAGUCUCUGUGUAUGAACUGCUUUGCAAGGUUAAGCAGAAGUUCUCGCAAUGUCGACUGCCGAGUGUAUCCGGCAACAGCCAGAGUGUAACGGGGCACCCUGAAGCUUGUACUGGUGACAGUACAAGCUACUUAUUCUGA